AUGGCCAACAAAGUCUACUUCACCAAUAAAAGCAAGUUGCAGCCAGACAUCCAGAAGGAUGCCGAGGAGGUGUUCCAGUCCGCGCUGGAGCAGUUGGACUUUACGGAGAGUGCAGCAGCUGCGGGGGCUGUUAAUAAAUGGGUGGCGGAGCAAACUGAAGACAUGAUAAAGGACGUAGUAGACGCCAAGUCACUGAACAGUGACACGCGCCUGUUGCUCAUCAACGCCAUCUACUUCCAGGGAUUUUGGGAGACACCGUUCAGGACUCGAGCCACCCGCGACCGACCGUUCCAUGUGGACCUCAACACGCAGAUCAAAGUGCCGAUGAUGAGCAUGCACGAUGUCCACUUCCGGUAUAAGCACAGCCCGGAACUGAAAGCUCAAUUCCUCCAGAUGGACUACAAAGGUCGACAGGCGAGCAUGGUGAUAGUCCUCCCCGAUGAGAUCGAGGGUCUCGGAGCCGUGCUGCAGCAGCUCGCCGCCGGCCACGACCUGAUGGCUGAACUGACAGAUAUGAAGAGCACGCUGCUGGACGUCAUGGUUCCCAAGUUCAAGAUUGAGACGGAGAUAGAUUUGACGCAGCUUCUGCCUGAGAUGGGCAUCAAGCUAAUAUUCGACGAUCGCAAUUCAAACAUCAAUAUGCUAACGUCCAACGAGCCCCUCUACGUGUCGAAAGCUGUCCAGAAGGCUCUGAUCGAGGUGGACGAGGCAGGGACGAAGGCUGUUGCACGCACGAUGGUUGGAGACGAGAUAAGAUUAUGUAAAAUACGCGUCCCAGAAAAGCGCGUGUUCAACGCAAACCGCCCACACCUGUUCCUCCUGACAGCCAGGGAGAUUCCGGUAUUCCUAAGCGUCUAUAGAGGCAGAGAGUCUGCCGUACCGGUUACGGAAACGAAGAAACCGGUUUCUUCUACAGAACCAGUUUUAUUUACAAACAUGUUCACUCCUUCGUAUAUUUAAAGACGUUAUGGCGCCGACUUUUUCGCCAUAAAAGAUUUAAUUGUUUCUUUUUUCGAAUGUAAACCGUCUUGAGACAUACUAACAUACGCGAGUGACAAAAUAUCACGUGAGUUUAAAGCGUAAAAUCAGUUUAUUCUAUCUUUGUUGUAUAAUUAAUAUAAGAAUUAGAAACUUCCAAAAAUGUGAAGAUUAAAUUAAGUAACUAAAGGUGUGUGUUAGAUUGGAAUUGUUAGAAUCAUAAGAUAUUUGAAUAAAAACCGGCCAAGAGCAUGUCGGGCCAUGCUCAGAGUAGGGUUCCGUAGUUACUCUUCCGUCACAAUAAGCUAAACUGGAGCUUAAAGUAUUGUAGAUUGUUAACCAAGGGAUGAAUUGUGGGUGUACGUCUUUUUACUAUGAAGGGGAAACUUUUUGCGAUAACUCAAAAACAGCUUAACUGAUCAUAUCCGCUAUAGUUUUCAUUUAAUGACUUUCUUAAGCUCUACUUCCAAGAUUUUUUUCAUAUUUUUUGGACCUACGGUUCAAAAGUUAGAGGGGGGGGGGACACAUUUUUUUUUCUUUCGGAGCAAUUAUCUGCGAAUAUAUUCACUUUAUCAAGAAGUGUUUAUUGAAGACCUAUUAGUUUUGAAAGACCUUUCCAACGAUACCCCACACUCUAGGGUUGAGGCGAAAAAAAAAUUUCACCCCCACUUUACGUGUAGGGGAGGUACCCUAAAAAAAUUAAAUUUUUAGAUUUCAUUGUACGACUUUGUCGGCUUUAUUGAUUUAUAUAUCCAUGCCAAAUUUCAGCUUUCUAGCACUAACGACCACGGAGCAAAGCCUCGGACAGACAGACAGACAGACAGACAGACGGACAUGGCGAAACUAUAAGGGUUCCUAGUUCCUAGUUGACUACGGAACCCUAAAAAUGAGUGUGCAACGUAAAAUAAUUGAAAUGUUAAGAAAAACUCAAUUAGUAACAUGCACUGAUUCUUACAUUUAUAUUUUUAUUGCAGUCUCCGGCCUUCAAUGUCAUUAUUAAGUUAGGCAUUUUAAUUUGCUACACUAAAUUGGUCGCAACGUGAUCGAUAUCGUACAAUUUGACUUUACAAAAGAACCCAUAAUUAUCAGUUUUUGUAGGUUUUAUAUCUUCUGCUGCUUACAAUGUUUGGUAACAAAUAUUUCUGAAUAAAUACAUAUUUGAUAAAAAAAUUGUUUAUAUUAUUUGUUCCGGCCGCUAUAGAAACUGCGGGGCCUUGGUGUGUGGAGGCCAAAACUUUGGGGCGGCGUUUGAGGGAUAGGGGCAGCGACCCCCGUGCCGGCUCUUUCCUGGUUCAGCAAAUAUCGCUGGCUGUGCAACGCGGCAAUGCCGCUAGCAUUUUUGGCACGAUUGGAUCAGGUGACAGUCGGAACGGGACAUAGGGCUUUUGAUAUACAGUUA